UAUAGAUUAGAUAUAGAGUUUAUGAUUUAAUUAAAUAAAGUGGGUUCUUUUAUUUGUGAUUCUGAAUGAAAUUGGUACAAUGGAGUGGAAUAAAUAUAGAAGAUUUAUAUAGUUUAGGGUCUUAAAGUAAAAAAAGUUUGUAUUUUUACCAUGUGAUUCACCAAGAAAAAGAAGAAAAAAAAUGGAGUUGAGAAGUAUAUUUUUGCCUUAAUUCAAGAUUCAACAAUCUCAAUUCACUUGGUUUUUCUCUAAACAAGAUAAACAUCAACCCCUUGUUGUUGUCAAGAUUUGUAGCAGGUAAAUAUGAUGUUUUUGUUUGACAUAUAUUCCAAAUAGAUUAGAUAUAGAGGAUUUUAUAUUAGUCCACCCCAAUUAGUUUGUGAUUUAGUUAGAUAAAGUUGGUUCUUUUAUUUGUGAUUGUGAAUGAAAUUGGUACAAUGGAGUGGAAUAAAUAUAGAAGUUUUAUAUAAUUUAGGGUCCUAAGGUAAAAAAAGUUUGUAUUUUUCCCAUGUGAUUCACCAAGAAAAAGAAGAAAAAAAUGGAGCUGAGAAGUAUAUUGUUGCCUCAAUUCAAGAUUCAACAACCUCAAUUUACUUGUUUUUUCUCUAAACAAGAGAAACAUCAACCCCUUGUUGUUGUCAACAUUUUUAGCAGGGAGGCUUUCCCCGUUUCAUAUGAUAGGUGGAAAAAUAUUGAAGUACAUUGCAAUAAUGAUCAAAGUAUAAGGCACACACCCCUGUCGAAGCAAGACAAUGCAAAGUUACCUGAGCUAUCCUUUAACCGGCUUCAGCAAACUGAUGAUGGGCACUCUGGAUUGCAAAGGCGGAACUUUGGUCGUUUCAUUGCUCGUGAGGCCGUGCUUGACGAAGAAUAUUGGACAGCAGCCUGGCUGCGGGCAGAAGCUCACUGGGAAUCUGUGUCCUAUAUGAGGCGUGUUGACGCAUACAAAAGGAAGUAUGCCGAACAGGAGUUUUAUGGUUUAAAGAGAAGAUGUUCUGGUCAGGACGGAAAUUGCUUGAAGUGCUUUUGUUUUGUUGCGGUUAAAAAAGAAGAGCCAAAUGUUAGAAGAACAGUACUUAAAAGUGUGGUGGGAACUUUGGACCUAAGCAUCCGACAAUUUGUACAGCGGGAGAGAUACCCAGGGGAAAUCAAAAGGUUAUCGCCUGUCUUGGCACGUCAAGAUCCUUUUGAUUCACAUAAAUAUGCUUACAUUGCAAAUGUUUGUGUUGCAAAGUUUGCUCGACGUCAGGGUAUUGCUUCAAAUAUGAUACAUUUGGCUGCUGAUGUGGUCAACUUAGAAGGUUUCAGGCAACUCUUUGUUCACGUUAAUGCAGACAACUUACCUGGCCAAGAACUAUACAAAAAAACUGGCUUUAAGAUCGUGGAAGCCGCUUCAUCGUCUUUAUCAAAAGAACAGAGGAUUCUAAUGUCCUUGGAUUUAUAAGCUCCAUUGCUACUUCACUUCCUGACUAUAGAGUGGAUGUGGUAGUUUGUACAUUUACAUGGUUUGAAGCCAAUAGCUUGUCGGUUGAUGUAUGUAUCUUUGGGUAGACAGACAACUAGUUAGUUACAGAGAUUGUAAUAUAUGUAUAAAGAAGUUGUACGAUUUGUUUGGACUAGGGAAAAGGGUACAUAUGGGAUACGUGUUUAUUUAGUAUCCAAUACGAGCAUAUCCGGUUAAAAUUUUAGUGUAUUUUGGAUAAUUUGGACUAUGUACUCAUCAUACUCAAUGUCAUAUAUUUUUGGACAUGAAUAUGUUGAAAGACAAAUGAAGAAUUCAUGUAACAAUAGGCUGAGA